AUGGCUCCCAACGACGGCCGACCUGGCCAGCCCUUCGACUUCGGCGCCUUUCUCCUUCGUCAUCUUCCAUUCUCCUCAUCGACCACACCUCUACAAGCUCUGACCUACCUCCUGGGUAUCUCCCUCUUCAGCAUAUCCUUCCUCGUCUUCCUCAACAGCAGCGUAUCCUUUGUCAUCACCGACCUGAUCGGCGUCAAGCAUGGCGUUGGUGACAUUGUCGGCACUCUCGGCUUCGUCGAUGAAAUCGUCGCCUUGAUCGCCUGCCCCAUCUGGGGUUUGGUAUCUGAUCGUGUCGGUGUAAGAAAUGUUGCCGUCACCGGCUAUGCCAUCAUUGGACUUUCGCUGCUGGUGUUUGUUCAGGCGACGAAUGUCUAUCCGCAGUUGCUGUUGGCGAGGAUUCUCUUUGCUGUUGGAGCCACUGCUGCGGCGACCAUGGUUACGGCAAUCCUCCCUUCCUUGACCGACGAGACCCAAGCGCAAACAGAUGUUGUCGAGAACCCCCCUCUGAACCCGAGGCAUAGCAUGACGCCUUCGGUGGCAUCUGAGGUUACCAUUACCCCCGAUCGGUUCCGCGAUUACAGCACUUCCGAGUCUGGAUUUAGAUUCGACGGCACCCAAGGAAAACCCGAAGGACGUGGAAAGCCAUCCGCUCUGGCCGGCUACGUAGGACUCUUCACAGGCUGUGGUGCUCUCGUUGCUCUCUCGCUCUUCCUACCCCUACCAGCACGGUUCGGACAAAUCAAGGGCGUCACUCUCGGUCAAGCGGUCCAAUACAGCUACUACGUCGUCGGCGUCAUCUCCUUCCUCGUCGCCAUCUUCGUUUUCUUCGGUCUCCGCGGUAUCAAGGGUGAAGAAGGCAAAGGCUUCCGGACCCUCCUUGGACUCGACCAGCACCGAACCCACGACAACUCAGCCCCCUACUCCUCGAAGCAAGUUUCCCCCUACCUGCACCUCCUCCGCGACUCAAUCCGCCUCGGACUCACCGACUCCGACAUCGCCCUUGGCUACCUCGGCGGCUUCGUCGCCCGCGCCUCCACCGUUGCCAUCUCGCUCUUCGUGCCUCUCUUCAUCAACGCCUUCUUCAUCCGCAACGGCUUCUGCCAAGGCUCGCCCAACGACCCUUCCCCUGAACUGAAGAAGGAGUGUCGUCAGGCUUACAUCCUCUCAUCCAUCCUCACCGGCGUCGCCCAGCUGAUGGGUCUGCUUUGCGCCCCUCUCUUUGGCUACCUCUCCAGCCGCAAGUUUACCAAGAAGAACAAGCUCAACUACCCCAUUAUCGUGGCCACCACCUUCGGCAUUGCCGGCUACAUCGCUUUCCCGCAACUGAGAAGCCCCGAGUACAAAGACAAGGAUGGUCGGGGCGGAAGUCCCGCCAUCUUCUUCCUUGCUGCGCUCAUUGGAAUCAGCCAGAUCGGCGCCAUCGUCUGCAGCUUGGGCUCGCUUGGUCGCGGUGUGCUGAAAGUGGAUGUCAUCAACACCAUCUCACACCCUCACCGUGUGGACAGGGAGAGCGAGAUUGCUACUAUUACUGAGCCAGCAGAUAGCCGGAACGAGACGGCUCCGCUGUUGGAAAAUCCGGCAGCCUUACCGGAGGAUACGGUCUCGAGAGUGAGGCUGAAGGGAUCUGUGGCGGGUGUUUACUCGUGGUGCGGAGGCGCGGCGAUCUUGUUGCUGACCAAGGCUGGCGGGUACGGGUUUGAUGUGUGGAGCACGGGGGCGCCGUUUUAUAUGAUGGCUGGGUUUAAUGCGAUUUUGCUCGUGGUAAGUCUGGGGAUUGAUGGGGGGAGGUUUGGGUUUAAGAGGAAGAGGGGAGGAACGAUUAUUUAUGGACAUCAGGUGCCGAGUGCGUUUUAA